CAUGGUCACAUUAUGUUGCCCUACUACCAGUCUGGAGUCUGUUCUGGGAAACGACCAGCUGCCUGCAGGCCGUUGCUAUGUAUCAUGAGAAGGAAAACAGGCUUGGCUGAUGUCGUUCAACGAUAUGCCCGGCUGCCAUGCCAUGUAAUGGUUGCACCGUAUCCGUAUCGCUCGUUACAGUCACAGCCGCGGCUCUCAUCCGGACGCGAAAGACUCCUCGCCAACGUCGGAUUCGGACCUCCCCCUCUCUCACAGAUUCACUGUUCACACCAGGCUCCCGAGCCUCCCUCCCUUCCCUCUCCCUUAUUACAGGCUUACGUUCGGCUUUGCCGCGCAGUGGGCAGCCGGGUGCCAAGCAGGUGGAGUUCUCCUCCAGCGGUGCAACCCCCUCCCCCAGUGACCGGCACCGUCCCCGACUCCGCGGGCAUGAAUAUUGGAUAAUGAGACUCAGAAUGCGCGAAAAAGCAACAACACGGUGCAGAUUGCGGAAUAAGCUGACGGCCUGGCAUUGCAUUCCCCAUCUGCCGCUCUCGCUGUUCAAUUUAAUUGAUAUGAUUCUCCACGUCUCCUUCCCCGACUCCCCCAGUCCACGUCGUCCUCGGUCCCACGACGCAACGUGCGCCCCCAGGUGUCAAGUUCCCGUCACUCUCUGCCUUGUCCGACCGCCUCCUCCUUUCAUCCUCCACAAAAUCUUCUCUUGUCUUUCUGCUGUGCCUCGCCAACCGAGUCACCGACUGCAAGCCUUGGUACCUUGGACUUCGCGAGUCUUGAAAGAGGUCCAGCCAGGAUUGCCGCCAAGACACAAGUGCCAAGUAUUUUCAGACGAACGAUGGCCAAGGAAAUUGACUUUUGUUAGACCGCAAAGAGGCACCCACCAAACCUGAUGUUGCCCGCCAACGGCGCGAAGGGGGGUGUGGGAGCAGAUGAGCCCGCCGGGCGCCACCCCUGAAUCGUUAAGGUUUUCCAGGGGCCUCCACACAGGUUUUUCGUCCGUCACGUCUUGAGCUGUAGGCAGGACACAG